AGGUUUCCCUUGUUCAUAUGUCCACCGGGAAAUACUUAUCUACUAAAAAAGUCCCAUUACCCAUCCACGGACAAUAUGCGGCUGUCUGUACUGGUCAAAACAUCGACUCAAAAAAUGAUGCCUGGAAAAUUAUAGGUGCAUUUGAAGUAAAUGUAAAAAAUGGAGGCCUUUUAUCCUCAAGUACCGUUUUUGGACUUAUGCAUCAAGAUACGGGAGGAAACUUACAUUCUCAUCAUGCAGAAUGGGGUGGAAGUCAAAAAUCAAAUCAUCAACAGGCGACCAUUACGCUAUAUAAAGAUAAUUAUGAUGAUUGGCUUCUUCAAUGCUAUAACCCCAUCAUCGAUGAUAACGACUCGGCUCAUUUAAUGAGUGGUGAUAUUAUUAGUCUCUUUCAUAAAAAUACCAAUCAACCGCUCUACAGCCAUGAAGUUCUAUUAGACGAUGGAGCUCAAGAAGUUUCUUGCCAUGGAAAUGACUUUAAUUUCAAUUCUACCUUGCAGUGGCGUAUCGAAUUAAUUAGGAAACCGAUUAAAUAUGGAUCAACUAUCGCGUUAUUUCACGUACCUACUAGAAAAUACUUAUCUACUAAAGGGGUCAAAUAUCCAAAACAUGAACAAUAUAUUGUCGUUUGUACCGGCAAAGAAUUAGAUUUUGAACACGACCUUUGGACAAUUUGUGAUUUGAAUGUUGGAGUUCCUUUAUCUACUUGUAACAAUAUCGGAUUUAAACAUAAAGAAACAGGUGGAAAUUUGCAUUCCCAUUUUACAGUACACGGGACAACCCCAAAAUCAAAUCAUCAGCAAGUGACCCUUUAUAUGCACGGACAUCCGGACGAUUAUUGGAUUAUUCGGCAUCAUAGUUCUAAAGUCGAUUUAGACCAUUUAAUGGACGGUGAUAUUAUUAACCUUUUUCAUCAAGGUACUAAUCUACCACUCUACAGUCAUGAUAUUCUAAUGGAUGAUGGAACUCAAGAGGUUUCUUGUAAUGGAGAUGGACGUGAAGACAAUAAUAUGUGGUGUAUUGAAUUGAUCGAAUAA